UUUCUAUGCUGUGCCAUAUUUGUACUCCUUGUGCCAGUUAUGCCUUGCCCGGAGACACUGGCAUAUGAAGAAAGACUAAGGCACUGUGAGAGAGGAGACAAGAGACCACUCAAGCUUUUGGGGGGUAAAGAUUCCUCACACGCCACUUCGUUCUUUGCUAAAUUUCCGAGAAGAAAAACUUGGAGCUGAAGGAAAAUAAUGAGGAGAGAGCAACAUAAAAGUGAGAAGCCUUUGGAACAAGCUGGGGUAAACUGAACAAGAGACCUAGUCGCGAGGUAACAGUGGCACAGAAGAGAGAAAGAAGGAACCACAGCAAAAGCCUUUCUGCCUUUCUUUCUUUAUCGGUUUGUGCUCGGACUUUAACAAACAACCAGGUGAAGACUCUACAUCCUUACAGCUCUCUUCAAAUUCAUAAGCAGAUCCAAAGCAGAUACCUCUCAAUCUGUGAAUGUGUGCAUACCGCACAACACAGAUGCCAUGGCUUUUAGUACUCAUGUCUGGUUGUGUGUUUGUAUCUGUCUGGGCAUAUGUAUCCCUCCAUCCUUGGGGGUCCCCCCUCAGCACCGUGGCUGGCUGCGUCUCUGGGAGGAGGGUGAGGGCUGUGGGGAGUGUGAUCUACAGCGCUGUCCUCUGGCGCUCCAUGACUGCCCAGCUGGGCGAGUUCGGGACAGCUGCGGCUGCUGUGAGCAGUGUGGCAACGUGGAGGGCCAGCAGUGUGACCCUGAUGGGGCUCAGGAGUUCUAUGGGCGCUGUGGAGAGGGGUUGGUCUGCCAGAGGAAAACAAAGAGAGGGCGGAGGGGCCGGGCCAGGGAGAACCCUGAGCCUAAGUGUGUGUGUCAGGCUCAGGGGCCUGUGUGUGGCUCAGAUGGAUACACCUACCCCAACUUGUGCCAGCUGAAAGAAGCUGCCAGCAGAGGAAAUGCCACCCUGAGACUCACUGGACAUGGACCAUGCUACUCUGCUCCCCGCAUUUCCAGAGCGCCCAAGGACCUCUCCAACUACACAGGAAACGACAUAGUGUUUGGCUGUGAGGUCACUGCAUACCCCCUGCCCAACCUGAGCUGGAGAAAGAAGGGGAGUGACAACUUCCUGCCAGGGGACGAUCCCCAUAUAUCUGUCCAGACUCCCUCCCUUUCCCCUUCCCAGGCUAGAGGUGGCCCCCAACGCUACACCGUCUCCACAUGGCUGCAGAUACAGGGUCUCCACACUUCUGACGCAGGGGUCUACUCCUGCAUUGCCCACAAUGCACUGGGGGAGUUGUCUGCCUCCGCCCGUCUCACCGUGCUCAGACAGAUGGUGAGAGUGAUGAGAGGGCGACAGGAGAAGGAGGAAGAGUAUUUCUAUGACGACACAGAGGAAGGUAGUGAUGAUGGGCAAUCUGGAGACUAUCUAGAGUGACCUGCUGUGUCUGACAUCCAAGAUAGUUCAUUGGAGUUUAACUCACAGAAAAUGAAUUAACUGAGUAUAACGAGUUUGUAGGAAUAGAAAAUUCUUGCCUGUGAAAUGGCAAAAAUACCAUAUCUUAAAUUCAGUAUACCAUGCAUCACUUUUGUUUUACAAUGCUACUGCUACUACUACUACUAUAUUAUCAUGGCACUUUAUGAA